UUGUUGCUAUAGCGUUGUAAGCGAGCUCAUGGUCAUUAUACAAAUAAAUAUUUCUCCUCGUUGUAGUUUUUGUGGUCUUUCGUGUAAGAUUGUAGGGGAAAUGUGAGUCGCGUUAUAUGAGCAUGCCGUGUGACAGUGUUAGGCUUCGCCCGGUGUGUGUUGCGGUCAGGUCCGUCGCCGGUGAGAUGAGUCCGAUCAGGAAGUUAGCAGAAGCCGGGGGUAAUGUGUUCGCUAGCUAGGAAACAUUUUCGCCGGUCUGGGCUGUUCCCUUUGUCUGAGACGAGGCAGCGCGUGUUCUUUUGUUUGGGCAGCCGUUUUUCUUUUGUUUGAAGAGUGGUGUUCGUGGAGGCUUUGAAAACAUGCAGCGCACGAAGAAAUGUUUCACGGACGGUCUGAUUCAUCUCACCAUCCUGUUUAGUUUGAUAGGUGUUCGGGUGGACAUUGAUUCCUAUUUGAACAGCCCGUUCAACUCGCCGUUAAUAGAGAUAGAAGGAGGGCCGAGCUCUGCUUUCGUACAGACCCCGUUUAACCAUUACCGGGAAAUCGCGGCCGGUCGUCACGUGCACACCAAAUGCCCCGAAUUAGAAGAUUACUUUACGAGUCGGAGGCUGCUGAAUGAAGUGCGCGCGCUCGGCUCGCCGGUUAGUUUCCCUACGCGACUCAGUACGUGGCUCGUGCACCUGGUGCCUAACGGCGUGGGACCGGAGGAAGCGCAGGACAAUAGCGGGUAUGCGGGCGAUGAGGACACGAGUGAUGAAACCCGUGGGAAUGAAUCCGACAACCAUCCCGAGGCCAUUUUAACACAAGCAGAACAGGAAAUUGUGAAAGACUGUGAGGAAGGAGUCAGUCGUGAUUCACCAACUCAACUCUUUCAAAGCUCACCACAGGAACAAGAGGUUCUGUUAAGUAGCAUUGGUCUACUUCCUCCUCGUUCUGGUGUUGAAGUCCACUCUCAAUGGCCAGACUUCUUGUCAGAUUUAAAUGAUUUUGAGACGUUGAUCGCACAGCAGGUGCCUUACAUGGACCCCAUCAGCUACAAUGCCAGCCUUCAAGAUGCCAUGGUUAGCAGUGGUGGGGAUUACAGACCACACCCACCUGGAGGUGGAGCACAUGCCACACCAGGCCAAACACCUUCUCUCUUCAACUUAGAAGCUAUUAACUCCUCUAACAGAGACGCACCUAGAACAGAUUUUGGUACUCUGGCUUUGCCUCCUUUCUCCUCAUUAGGGAACAGCUCUCAUGGAACCUCCCACUCCAGGGUGGGUGGCUAUUUGGAUGAGGCUGUGUUUGAGCAGAUAAAUUUGUUGGGUCUGGAGGGCCUGGCUAGUGUGGAGGGACCGGUACUAAGUGGAAUGGAUGGAAGCUUAGAUGCUUCAUGGCUAGAGGGCUUGGACUCUGACUCUGGCCUGUCACUGGAGACCAAUUCCAGAAGCCCUGCCUCAGGCUCUACAUCAUCUUCAGAUUCGUUUUGCGAGGGUGGAGCCAUGGGGUACAGCAGUGAAGUAGAGUCCCUUUCAAGUAAUGGUGGAGCUUGUGCGCCAUCAUGCUAUGAUUGGCCACAAAUAAGCCUUAACAAGCACAUUUGGCAUGAUCACAACUACUCGGCCCAGUCGCCUGAAGACCAUGACCCACAAAGCUGGACCCGAUCUCCUAAAGAUAUAAAACAGGAAGUAAUGAGUGAGGAUGAAACUGGACUGGGGGAGCCAAGCCGGGAUGAACGGCGUCUGCAGGCUCUUGGUCUUCCAUUUUCUGCCCCUGAAAUUGUUAACAUGCCAGUGGAAGACUUCCUGGAGCUUCUUGAAGAACGGAGCCUAUCCACAUCAGCGGUGACACUCCUGCGGGACGUGCGCAGACGUGGAAAAAACAAAUUAGCUGCACAAAACUGCAGAAAAAGGAAGAUGCAUGCCAUCUUGGGCCUGCAGGCUGAGGUGGAGGGACUUGUUGCUCAGCGCGAUGCCCUUCUGCGUGAGAGAACAUGCACCACCAAGGCUCUGUCAGCUACAGCCGAGUGUUUCAAGACACUUUCUCAUGUUGUGCUGAGGCAGCUGAGGGAUGAACACGGACAGUCGCUAAGCCCAGAGCAAUACACACUCUGCUGUGGCACGAAUGGACGCGUAGUGGUCCGACCUCGAACAAAUACUGUGAGAAUGACCACAACAAGGGCCAAAACAACAAAGCGGAAGAAGGAUAAAAAACCUUGAGACCAUUUUGAUUUCGUAUGUGUCCGUCCUGAAGGGCUACUUGGUCUAGGACUACUGAAUGUUCCCUUUUUAAUUAUUUAAACAAGAAGUGACGAUAUACAGAAUUACAAUAUAAUGGACUAAGGAUUAUUUGCUAAAAGGUGUAGCAAAAGCACUGGGCAUGUAUAGAGGUAUUUUAAAAGAAAAGGACACACAGCAGGGUUCCCCCUUCAAAGUCCUGGAAAGUCUAGUACAGUUGGUAUUCAUCAUUAAAAUAUAAAUGACACUUUAACAGACAUGACAUUAGUGGAAAUAUGAGGGUGUUGACGCAGGCCAUUCUGUGUUAAGAUUCUGGUGUUAAAGGGUCUUUAAUUACUAUGGUGAUCAGACAACACAACUUGUUAUGCAAUUGUAAUGCUGGUUAUGCAAUUAUUUUACAGUUGUCAACCACAUGACUGUUCCACUAUGGCCUUAAUUAGUCCAAUUGUUUGGUCUCAAGACAUUUGUAUUGACCUCCUUUGGCUUCUUCUUGCAUUGUAAAAGGUUGUGGGGGUUUUUUAUGUUAAUGUUUUUGUUUAUUUUAUGCAUAUGGACAAGUAUAUAAAUAUUGUGAACAGAAGAUUUAUCCUAACUGACAGCCAGAGUAAAAUAUCAUAUUCAAAUUUUUAAUUCCAGAAGUAAUGGCGUAAAGUGAGCAAAACGAUUGAAUUGUUUUGUGUGAUGUUUAUUUUACAGUGUCCACUGUUGAUUGAUUUUCUCAUUUGAACUACUUUUAUAAAUAAUGUAAAUUUGAGAUGUAAUACUAUGCCACAAUGGACAAAAUGGAAUGUUUUAAAUAAAAGUAAUUUGUGUGUG